CCCACGGAUCUCAAGAAGGAGGACAUCGUCUACCUUACUGCAGAUACCGAUGAGACCAUCGAGGAGCUACAGGAAGGCAAGACAUACGUGAUAGGGGGUAUCGUAGAUCGGAAUCGCUACAAACACCUUUGCUUGAAUAAAGCCAAGAGUCUCGGACUGAAGGUCGCUCGUCUACCUAUUGACCUGUCCAAUCUGACGAAGAAGAGCGCCGAGGGUAAGAUGCUGCAAUCCCGCAAAGUCCUCACAGUAAAUCAGGUCUUCGACAUUCUCAUUGGGUGGACGGAACAAUAUCAGCAAGAAGCUGAGGAGGAGGAAGGGGGCCAAGCAGGGUGGAAGAAGCCAUCGUGGGAAGAGGCUCUAGACAGAGGACUGCCAGGCAGGAAGUUC